UCCUUUUGUUUGUUGAUAUGUUUAUUGAUAAUUGACAAUCGGUUUGUGGAAUUUACUUGUCAUUAAUUUCUUGAUACUUUGGGCAAUGGUUGGGAUUCUCGACUAACUUGAAAUACCAACAAAUUACUGUCACAUUUUGUGUGCCAUGAAAGGCUGGAAGCGCUGGAAACGAGGUUUUGGGAAACGGAGGACAACAACAUCCUCAGGGACAACCGCAGUGCAACGCGGGAGUUCCUUAUCUAAUGCGAGUGUCGGUUCAUCGGGGGCUGGGACACCACGUAAAAGCAAAAAUGGGUCAGGAAAACAUCGCAAGAAAUCCGUAGUCAAUCGCAAGCAAUCCCAUCCGAAUAGUUCUAGCAAGAAUUCACGUGUCAACUCGCGUGGCAUAAGCCAAAGUCAGAGUGUAAUUGCGAGUGGGGGAAGUCAGAGUAGUCGCCUCCAAGAAGCAGCAGUUUCGGCCGUGUCCUUUAAGAAUCCAUUUUUUGUGCGUAGAAGCUAUGGGCCAGAAGGUUAUCCAAUGGUAUGCGAUGCGACCCACGAAGGACGCAUUAUUCUGCGAGAGGAAUUCAAUCUGCCCGUCGAUAUACUCUUCAAUAUGCUCUUCUCCAACACGUCGACGUUCCUCAGAAAUUUUCACGAGAAACGUCAGUCCAGAGAUCUCAAUAUGGGCGAAUGGAUAACCGUCCCGAAUGGGGAUCGUGAACGCACUGUCAAGGUCACUGUGGCCCUGCAGGGCAAUGUCGGUCCAAAGACCUCCAAUGUCACGGAAUACCAGACAAUACGCAAGUGCAGUGAAGCAGGUAAAUUGUACUCAAUCGAUGUGAAUUCCACCAAUGCGGGCAUACCCUAUGCGGAUGCUUUUAAUGUCGAAAUGCAUUUUUGUAUGAAGUGCACAGUGGAAAAUCAUACGGACGUUGUGAUCUUUGCCCAGGUGAAAUUCAUCAAGUCUGUGUGGGCUGUGAUUAAGACAUUCAUCGAGAAGAAUACUUAUGCCGGACUCGAGGAAUUCUUUCAGUCCAUGCAAAAGGAAUUGCAUGAGGAAUUUAACAAUACUAAAAAGUCAUGAGAACAAUUUCAAUCCCAAUCCCACUUCCAAUUCAAAUAUAUGUUGUGCUCUAUUCUUAAACCGAUUGUCAGUUGAAACAAUAUAAAAAAAUAAAUAUUGUCUAAUGUAUAUAAAACAAA